AUGAUUAUUGUUGAACGAUAUACAAUUAGCAGUUUUGGGCCAACUCAAAGAACAUGUCGAGCUAAUGGCUGGGAUGGUAGAGAUCUUGAGUGUGAAGCGGUGAAAUGUCAGUCACCUCAAGUAAUAGAAAAUGGGCGGUAUGAUGAGCAGGAAGAUCCAGAUAGAAAAUAUGAAUAUGGAGAUGGGGUGUACUACAAAUGUAACCCUGGGUUUAACCUGAUUGGAAGUGAUGUAAUAAAAUGUUCUGAUGAUGGAGAAUUUCAGCCAGAGCCACCAAAAUGUAUUGUUGUAUCAUGUCCAGCGCCUAUCGUCCCAAAUGGGAUACGAAUCGGUGGAAAAGCACCUCCCUACGGUCUGAAUAACUUUAUACAGUACAAGUGUAAUGAUGGCUAUGACAUUAUUGGACAAGAUCAUAUUACGUGUACAGCAAAUGGAUGGAGUUCUGAACCACCGCAGUGUAUUGGGUACUGUGAACCGCCUGAGUUUAAAGAGGAUGUCAUCAUAUCCAAAGCAUCUGAAGUCACUCAGAAAUACCAUGAGGGAACCAGCGUAACAUAUGAAUGUAAACCUGGGUAUAAACAAGAGGAUUUGAAGGCUUCUAAUAAAAUUACGUGUGAAAAUGAGAAAUGGUCUCUUCUGGAAAUGAAAUGCAUAGACACAACAUCCACACAAACAUCUGAGAAUCUCUGGAGCUUUGCCAUAGCUUCUGACCUUCUGAAUUUUUUCAGGGUCAUGAUUGACGUAUGAGCAGUGCACAUUUGGACAAAAUCAAGAUGCCGGAGGGUUCAGGGCAAACAUCACAAAGAGAUCUGACUCAGAACCAUAAUUCUGUAUAGCAUACUCUCUAUUCCCUCAAUAGAAACCAAGCCCUGUUUUAUAUCACAUUUAUUAUGAACUACAAGAAAUAUGUUUACUUUUGUUAUCAUCUACCUUUACAUUGUUUUGUAGAAAUUCAUCC